AUGGCAGAGAUUGAACCCAAGGCUCCGACUACUCAGGUCGGUCCCGACUCGGCCUCCGAGGACGAUGUUGUGCGCCCCCGUGGUUGGAUGUACAAGCGCAUCGGUGUCGGCAAGUGGAAUGUCGGCUGGUAUGCUUCCCCCAAGUUCCAGCUCGGCAUGGUCGCAUUCGUCUGCUUCAUGUGCCCCGGCAUGUUCAACGCUCUCGGUGGUCUCGGCGGUGGUGGUAAGGCCGAUGCCCAUUUGGCCGAUCAAAUGAAUGUUGCCCUCUACAGUACCUUUGCCGUGGUUGGUUUCUUCGCCGGUACCAUUGUCAACCGUCUGGGUGUUCGCGCCUCUCUGUCCUUUGGUGGUAUUGGUUACUGUCUCUACUCGAUCUCCCUGCUCGUCUCCGUCCACAAGUAUGUCCCCGGCUUCAACAUUUUCGCUGGCGCUUUCCUCGGUGUUUGCGCUGGUCUCCUGUGGACUGCGCAGGGCACCAUCAUGAUGUCCUACCCUCUGGAGCAGUCCAAGGGUCGCUACUUUGCUUGGUUUUGGGGCAUCUUCAACGUCGGUGCUUGCAUUGGCAGUCUGAUCCCUCUUGGAGAGAACAUCCACGUCCGCACUAACAGCACCGUCAGCGAUGGCACCUACAUUGCCUUCAUUGUGCUCAUGUUCUUCGGUGCCUGCCUGGCCCUGUUCAUUUGCGAUGCCGACAAGAUCGUCCGUGAGGAUGGUUCCCGUGUCAUUCUGAUGAAGAGCCCCAGCUGGUGGACUGAGAUCUAUGGUCUGUGGGAGACCAUCAAGGCCGAGCCCUACAUUAUCCUGCUCUUCCCCAUGUUCUGGUCCUCCAACUGGUUCUAUACCUACCAGCAGAACGGUAUCAACGGUGCCUACUUCGAUACCCGCACCAAGGCUCUCAACGGUUUCCUGUACUGGUUCGCUCAGAUUGUGGCUGCCGUCAUCAUCGGUCCUCUUUUGGAUGUCGAGCGUGUUCGUCGCAGUGUCCGUGCCAAGAUCGCCUUUGGUGUCCUGUUUACUCUGACUAUGGUCAUCUGGGGUGGUGGCUAUGCCUGGCAGAAGCACUACACCCGCGCUGAUGUCAGCACGGAGGCUCAAAACGCUGGCACCUUCGUUCCCUGGGACUGGACUACUAAGGGUUACGUUGGUCCCAUGUUCCUCUACUUCUUCUACGGCAUGUACGAUGCUGUCUGGCAAGGUGUUGUCUACUGGUUCAUGGGUGCCCUCGGCAACUCUGGCCGUCGUCUCGCCAACUUGGCCGGUUUCUACAAGGGUCUUCAAUCUGCCGGUUCCGCUGUGAUGUGGUCCCUCGACAGCAACGAAACCCCCUUCAUGAACGAACUCGCCUCCAACUGGGGUAUCCUUUCAGGCUCUCUCAUCGUCGCCCUCCCCGUCGUCUUCAUGCGCAUCCGCGAUACAGUCCCCGUGGAAGACGAUCUCAAGGGUACCGACGAGACCAUCGAGGACGUCCUCCUCCCCCGAUGCGAUCGCCGAGAAGCGUGCCGCCGGCGACAUCUAAGUUCUGGGCUACAUACCCCCAGAAUGGGAACUGGUGUAAUCUGGGAAAUACCUUAUCGUGGGAAUUUCUCUGAUUCGCAUCCGGCUUCGGUUUCGCUUUUGCUUGUUCACGGGAUCAUCAAUGGACUUGACCCUUCCCACCUCGGUCUGGGGGGUUUCCUAAUGUGA